UAAUAAUUCCCGUGCGUGGUGGGCAGGCAAGGCGUCGUGAGGUGUGUCGGCCAUGCGAUGCACGCGCCAUGUCUGGUCCGCACACUGCACCACUCUACUGUUACUGUACCCGCCGGGCGGAGGCCGCAACCCCGCAACGCACUGCAGCUUCCCCUCCCCGGCGACGGAUCGGUCGGUCGGGUCGCGCGCUGGACCCGGCGGGGUGAGCAGUGGUGGAACGGGCGGACAGCGACGGGUACCGUACGGCGCGGGCCCCCACCAUGUGCGGCGUCGCCCUCCCCAUUCCGUGGUUACGGAACCGUACAAGGGCGGGUACGGAAGGGGCGACACCCGCGGGCCCCGCCUUCACGUGCCGUCGCCCUCGCCGAUCCCAUUCCGGCGACGUCCGCUCGUACGCCCGCCGGCCCACAAGUGGAGUGGCGGACGCCCGACGCCCGGCACGCCACGUUCGCGCCUGUCCUCCUGUUCCGCCAUGAGUGGAUCUCUUUUCCUUGCCCCACCCAUGGUCCAUCAAUCUUUCCAUGGCGGAGUUAAUCCGGCUGACGCCGAUUCACGAAGAGGGAAAAGACGGGUAGUAAAGCCGUAGGCUUGACGUGUCGAGCAAUGGUUCGCCUCGCCGUCCCGAGCGCGCACGCGCGGCGACAUGGGUGCGCCGCGCAGCCGAUCCCGGCACCCGUCCCACUCAGCUCGAGCUCGACCCCGUCCCACUCUCUCCUCGCACGGCAAGUACUCUCCGUGGUCCUAUUCGUACGCUUCGCCCCGUCCGUGUCGCCGCCACGCGGGCCCGUGGGGCUCCCGGCCCCGGCUGUCAGCGUUGGUGGCGCGGAGCGCUCUUGCGCCCGAGGCACGCGCGCGGGCGCUAUAUAGCGACGCCUGCGCCACCAGCCCAUCGCUACUCCCGACACUGUGUCUGCUGUGCUAGGCUAGCCCAUUCACUGCGCGCGGCCGACCUCGCCUCGGUAUCUCCAUCCUCCUCCAUACGCCACACCUUCGUGGAAGGGGAAGGCUCCGAGCCGUGUGAGAAGACGAUGAAGAAGGGGGGGCUGCUGCGGUGCGUGUCGACGGGGGCGUGCAGGGUGGCGCCGGGGGCCGUGGCGGAGAUGGCCAUCUCGCCGUCGGCGUCGGGGAAGGUGCCGGCGGGGCACGUGCCGGUGGAGGUGGGCGCGGAAGGGGAGGAGACGGAGCGCUUCCUCGUGCCGGCCGAGCUGCUGGGCCGUCCGCCCAUCGCCGAGCUGCUCCGCCGGGCCGCGCAGGAGUACGGCUACGCACGACGCGGCCCGCUCCGCAUCCCCUGCCCCGUCGCCGCCUUCCGCCGCCUCCUCGGCGCGCUCGCCGGCGGGGACAGGGGCCACACGCCCGUCUACUACGCCGUCGUCGUCUGAUCAUCGACGAGUGAGCGAGGAAGCGAGCGACCUCGUAGCCGUAAUAGCUUAAUUUUAGCGUGAUCUUGUUCCGUUUCUUGAGGGGUGGUGGCCGGUGCAGGGUUGUGUGCAUGUGUUUGUGCUGUUCGGUGGUUGUGCUUGUCUCUCGACGGGAGGGCUGAGGCUUCUAGCUCGACUCCAUUUGGGACUCGGUUCUUCUUCAGUUCUUGGUACUUUUCCUCUCUUUUUCUGGGAAAUAAUAUGUAUGUAAAUUUGUACAUCCAGAUCUAUGAUGAGAUGCUACUGAAUUCUAUGAA